AGUCCAUUGUCCUAGGUGUCGCCAAGGACUUCCGACUCACCUGCAGAUAAGUCAUCCUUAUCUACAUGUGAUACGAAUCUGCUUAUAUAAUCACAUCUUCUGAAAAGUGCUUGCCCAGAGCACGCUCACGCUGCUUGAUCGUGUCGCGUCCACCCUCAAUCUCCAGAAAUUUGAACAACCACGAGAACGCGCAAACUCAACACCUGCGAUAGCAUUGCUUUACAACAUCACAUUCUCCAGCCCCGAGCGUGCUGGAUGAUUUCGUGCCUACUAUUCUACCUACAGAGCACCCUGCUUGGAUCGCGAUAGCUCAGGGUGAUCUUGUGAGGUCACUUCCAAAGAUGGUCUCGUCUAGGAAGAGAGGACGACAGGAGAUGGAAGAUGUCGAGCCCCCGAAAGAACCCAGUCUCUUGGAGCGCAUUCGAAAUAUGUGGGAGUUCGCCAACUUGGCACAAUGGAUAUUCACAUUCGGCCGAGCGGUGAAGAUCGAUGAGAAUCUGGAUAUCGAGGACUUGGAAAUGGAAUGCCUGAAGCCUCACUCUACACUACUGGCAGAGAUCGGUCUCGCGCUUCUUAAAUUUGUGUCAUCCCACAGAGGCCUUACCCCCGAGAUUUUCGACGAGUAUACUCGCAGACAAUAUGUUGCAAAAGCACCAGAACGAAAUCCUUUUGGCGUUGAGGAGGUUCCCAAGGGUUUCAAGGACUUCGAUGUCUUCCAAAAGGUAUAUCAUGGAGAUGGCGAGGAGGAAAUAUGAGACUAAUCACACUUCUCAGAUUCGAGUUCUACAGCAACUUACAAUAUGGACUAUGGGUAACCCUGAUCGUAUUCGAGAGCGAAUGGAGGAACAAAAGGAUACUGAGCAGACACUAUGGGUAUGCCACAGGAAGAUAUCUUACGGCAAGGGGCUAACAGUGGAAAUAGAGAAUUGAGCCCUUUGGUUGGGACUCUGAAGAUCGGACAUAUAUAGUACUUGAUGAUAACCGCCUAUAUCGACGUACGGAUCCUCCCCCACCCCCUCCAGCCCCGAAGCCCAAGAAGAACACCAAGAAGGGGAAAGCUUCUCGUCGAGCAAGUAAACGCAGAAAGGUUUCCGAGACAGUUGAGAGUGAAACCGAACAGGCCGACAAUGCCGAGCCCGAGGACAAUGGUAUAGUCGAGAAGGAAGAUGAUGGCUUUGGCGGAAUGGUAUGGGAGUGUAUUGCCGUGACUCUAGACGAGUUCAAUGCCUUCACGGCCUCGCUGGACAAGACUCGGGAUGCCAACGAGAAGGUUUUGAGGAAGCGAAUCGUUGAUGAUGUCCUGCCAUUACUUGAGAAACAAGAGGAGUCCAGGAAACGAAAGCAGGCACAGAAGGAACGCGAGCUUUUGAACCUUGAGAAGCUUGCGACUGCCAAAAGAUCGAGCAGAAUUGCCGGUAAAAUAGAGCAACAGAAACACGAAGAGGAGGUGCGCGAAGCCGAGCGCAAGAAGGCGGCGGAGAUUGCAAUGGCGAAGAAGGAACAGGAGAAGUGGCAGAAGUUGGAAAAGGAAAGGGAAUCCAGGAUGCAAACCCGUGAGCAGCGUCUCAGAGAGCGAGAUGCGCGCCGCAUUCUCCAUGAGGAAGAGCUCGCCAGCCUGUCGGACAAUAGCAAGAAGGUUGAGGCUGGAGAAGGCCGACUUUCAGAACGUCACAUCAAGGCCGAGAUCGAACGAAAGAAGAAGGCUCUUGAAGAACUCGAAGAGGAAGAGGACUGGAUCUUUGAUUGUAUAUGCGGAGCUUACGGUCAGAUUGAUGAUGGGACUCACAGUAUAGCAUGUGAUAAAUGCAACAUAUGGCAACAUAGCAAAUGUGUGGGUGUUAAGGAAGCCGAGGCGGAUCGCGAGGAUUUUACAUUCAUUUGCACAACUUGCAAGCGUCGUGCGGAGGAUGCUGAACGAGCCAAGAAUCAACCCCCGAUCAAGAUCAAGAUUCGCCCCGGGUCAUCUUCCUCACAAGCAAAGUCCAAGCAGAACGGGUCCCCCGCCGCCAUUACCAAUACCAAUGGAAACGCGAAUCCUGGCUCUUCACCCCAGAAGGCCGGAUAUUCUUCCCCUGCUGUUCACGUGUCGCCCAUACAGUUCCCGAGACAGAAUGGAUUCCCGACCCUUCAGCCUGGAUUUCCGUCUUUGGAGAACACUCCCGUGCAACGACAACCAGUAUUGCAACCUCCUCAAAGCAAUGGUUAUCAGUCUUCUCCUCAACGCCCAGAUCAGCGUAUCAACUCGACCACGUCCAACGGCAGCUAUUCUGGACCUUACGGGCCACCUCAAGUCAACACUGGCACCCCAGUUCAACAUCUAUAUAGCUCCUCGAGACCAGCAAGCUCACAUGCGUUCUCGUCGCCGCAUCCACACAGUCCAACCAGCUUACCCCCGCCAGGGCAGCCGCCGAUGUUUACAUUUGUAAGUGGUGGCGCUUCACAGCAGGUAUCGCCAAACCAGACAACGCGUUACACUCCAGGGCAGCCGGGACCUGCCAGAUACUUUCAGGCUCAGGGUACUCCAUCGAACUCAGGCAACUAUAUUUACGGAACAGCCUCCUCAUCUCACAUGAUGAAUGGACCUCGUCCGGGCUCCCGUGACAGUGGUCACCGUCGUAGUUCAUUCAACAUUCCGUCACCACUUGCAGGUGUACCAGUCCUCACCCCGAGCAAUAAGCCGCCUCCUCAAAUGGCACCUAUUUCAAAUAGUCCACCUACAAACAGCACCACAGCCACAGAACCCAUCAAGUCGUCUCCUCCUCGUCCAUCUUCCCAAGGGCUAUCAACUACAAUAGACUCAGGUCACGCUUCUGCACUACCCUCCGCCGCAACUGGCCUGUCUCCUACCAAACAUUCACCUCCUCGCCCAGUGUCGAAUGGAAGCUUUGGCUCGGCUACUCCCUCGAUCCUACCACCAGUUGCCUCAUUAUCACCAAGUCCCCAGCACCAGAAUCUUUCUCCGCCAAUCAAGCCAGCUGAUGGUCCAAGACCCACCGGCCAGAUUGCAGGUCAAUGAAACUGCAAUACGAAUCUAAGAUUCACAAAGGUCUCCUGAAAAAUGUCAACAUUGUCAAGAGGCUUUGCACGCAAAUGAUCAGUACAUUUUCUUUUUGCCCAAUGAAGGGCUGUAUCAAAAGCCGCAUGUUAGUCUUCAUGAGAUCUAACUUCUCUUUGUAUGGAUGUCUACGUUUUCUCCUUAUUCUGCAUGAUGGUUUGGUCUUCAGCGAUAUGUUUUCCUUUAAAUGAUGAGGCAAGCACAGGCAGGCGGGCGGGCAAGCCGCCAGGAUGAAUGCGACGAAUUAGGGCCUUUGCUUCUCUUGUGGAAAGGAGAAGAAAGAAACAUAACACUCCUUUGCAUGUUUCGGUGAAGUGGGUAUCAGAAAGGGAUGGAUCGUUUGAUUGAAGGAUGUGAGCGAUAGACCGUCUUGCCUGCAUUUGCAUUUGCAUAAUUGAAUGUGGGUACCAUUGAUGAUAGAGGCGGAAUAAACAAACCAAUGUAUUAAAUAAUGUACUGCUACGGGCCAAUGAAUAGAGGAUA